AUGGGCUGGAUGAAUAGCAGGUCUGUCCUGCAGCUGUGUGCUCGCUCCCACCCCAAGAGCGCACCGAGCCGCACACAGCAAAGCCCACGAGCCCACGCAGUCUGUCCAGCACCAGCGAGGGGACCGGAGGGCAGCAGGAUGGAGUCAGACAGAGAAAUCCGCAGCCGUCAACCUGGGAACUCCAACCCCACGCGGAACCUGCCCAUCAACCUGAACCACUAUGCCACCAAGAAGAGUGUGGCCGAGAGCAUGCUGGACGUGGCGCUCUUCAUGUCCAACGCCAUGCGGCUGAAGGCGGUACUGGAGCACGGGCCUUCCUCCCCCUACUACAAGACCCAGUUGCAGCGUCCAGGAAGCACAUCUGGCCCUCCCCAAGCCUCAGGCAGCCGGGGGAGGGAAGCUCCGGGCUGUGCUCCCCACCUGGCUUCACUUCCCUCUCCCUUCUGCUCCACAGCGCGGCUGAACCUGAACGAAGUAGAAAACCAGUGGCGACUAAACCAGCUCAACAACGCCGCCACCGCCCUGGUCUUCAUCACUGUGGUUUUUAACGUUUUCAUCACAGCCUUCGGGGCACAGAAGACGGGCUUCCCGGCUGCCAGGGCCUCCGGGGGUCCCCUCUGAAGAAGCAUGGAACUUGAAACUGGGUCCAGAACUGCUUCUCUCCUUCCUCCCAGACCUGCCGGGCUGAUGGCAUUUUCCUCCGUCCUUGGGCUGUACAAGGGCCCUUGGCCCCCUCGCAGCUCCUGAACGAUGCUCCGCUGGGUGAGAUGACCGGACAAGGUCUAAAGCCCUGAGCACACUCGAUUCUGCCCUCCUGGGAUUCCUUCCCAGGCAGAAUCCUGACUGGAGGAGCUGUGAAUCCCGCUCUCUGUUCCCUCUCUGGCUUCUGCUCCAGGCUGUUUCCUUUCUGUAAAAUGAAUUCUUUCCCUCCAUAAAGACUUCUGCAAAGCCACUCUGAGUCCAUCUUUUGUGGUUAGGGCUAAGGCUCCAACCCCAGGGUGGGCAUCUGCAUGCGCUUUCUUUCAGGGUCGUAGAAGGAACUUUUAGGACCUUAUAGGUCCUAAUCUGUAGUGGAUUACAGAUGAGCCACUUCCUGACUGAUCAGACAGGGUGUGA